UCCGGUCAGGGAGCUGGAGAGCGCCUGGCUGGCCUUCCGGGUGGCCCUGGGCGUUGGGGGGCGGCCUCCCGCAGCCCCCAUGAGUCGAUGGCACCAUGCCCACGUUGGCGGCGGCGGGUGGGGUCGGGACCAGGGCUGGGGCUGUCCGGAACGUGCCUCGGCGAAGCGGAAGGGCGGAAGCCACGUCCCCGAGAGGUGGAAGGAUUAUCUCCCACUUGGACAGCGGAUGCCUGGAACUCGUUUCAUUGCUUUCAAAGUUCCUUUGAAAACGAGUUUCCAAGAGAAACUUGCUCCAGAAGAACGUUUUUCUCCCUCGGAUCUUUUUAACAGAAUCCAAGAACAGAAUGAAGAACUUGGAAUGAUAAUUGAUUUAACAUAUACUCAGCGCUAUUAUAAACCAGAGGAUUUACCAGAAACUAUUCCUUACUUAAAAAUUUUUACAAUGGGACAUCAAGUGCCAGAUGACAAAACUAUUUCAAAGUUCAAAUAUGCUGUCAGUGGGUUUUUGAAAGAAAAUAAAGAUAAUGAUAAACUUAUUGGUGUUCACUGUACCCAUGGUUUAAACAGAACAGGUUACCUCAUCUGCAGGUAUUUGAUUGAUGUAGAAGGCAUGAGGCCAGAUGAUGCAAUUGAAUUAUUCAAUAGGUGCCGGGGACAUUGCUUAGAAAGACAAAACUACAUUGAAGACCUUCAGAAUGGUCCUAUCAGAAAGAAUUGGGAUUCCAGUGUAUCCAGAUCAAGUGGUUAUAAAAACUCAACACGUGUGACAGAAGCAGUCCAUACCAUGCAUAAGUCUCAUAAACAAAGACAUAUGUAUAAUCCACAUGAGACUUUCGGUUACUCGGGACCUUCUCCAUAUUAUUACAACUACACCCAAGAUUUUCAUCAGCCAGUAAGAAAAUUAUCACAGAAUCAGAACGUUAACCAAAGAGGCUUUCUUCCUCCUCCUGGUCCCCCUGGUGAGGACUUUUCACGAAGAAGAUACUCUUGGAAUAUAAAGUCAAAUGCCAGCCAAGCAGCCCAGAAUACAAGGUGGUAUCAUAAAGAUUACCAAGGAUAAUCUUAUCCAAACUAUUGUGGAUGGACUGAAUGACAAAACUGGUGUCGAAAUGAUCUACAGACAGAGUAGGACUGGAGACAGCCAAUUUUUAUACGAUUGGGUCAAAGAAAAGAUUUUUAUAAAGAUCAGAACAAUAAUUUAAUUGUUUUCUUGUGUGGUCAAGUUGAGAAAAAGUUAUAUUGAUACUUAGAUCUUUAUUCAUUGUAUUGGCAGUAAUAAAGGAAAUAAUCUGUCAUUUCUGUUUUAAAUAUUUUAAAGGAAGCUAUUUUAAAAUUGAUAAAAUAAUAACAUUCCUUAUUAAUCAUUUUAUAAAAUUCUGUAGUUAUUUUCUGUGUAUUUUCUUCUGACUAGAACUGGUCAUGAGUGUGGGGUGGGAGGCGUACAUGUACACAGGUGCUUGCAGAAAUUUUUACUGUCUUUAAUUUUGUCCUGUUAUGAAUGAAUCAUUAAGGGUACCGGUAUUUUUUCCCCUACCCUCAACUAGAAGUCUCCUUAGAAGCUACUUACUGUUUGUAUUUUUGUGUUAUCUGUCUUGUGGAAUUGGACCGAUUUUCUUUUCACCAAUAUCAUAAACACAGGUGGAUGAACUUUUUAGGACUUAAUUGUCUGUUGGACAGAAGAGACUGAUUCCCAGAAUUACCCAGAAUACUGGGUAAUUUUCUUAUUAGUAUAAUUGUAAACUGUAGAAAAGUUCAGAAAACUUAUAAGAGUAUAAAGAUGAUUUAAUAAACAGUAGGAUAUGGUAUUUAAAACCUGGGAUAUUGGGGCUGAGAGAUAGUAUAGUAGCUUAUCAGGCACACUGGGGGGAGGGGAGAUGCACACUGAAUCCUGCUUCAGUGGAGGCCUCCCAAGCACAACUGGUAACCCAGGCAAUCUCUGACUUCGCUGUUAUACUUUCCAGAACACACAUGGAACACUUGGGACAUGUUUCUUAUUUUCAGUUGCAGAGAAAACCUUAAUUUACUCAAGGAAUGUCUCACCAUCGUGACACUUCAAUAGAUUAAUACUUGGGUUACUUGGCUUCAUUUCUCUCUGCUUUGAGAUCUGAUAUGUGAUAAGACAUGGAAUGGUUAUUUCCUCUUUUAUAUGUGAAUGGGUUUUUGUUUUUUAAGUUUUUAGGGAGCCAGACCUGGCAGCUCUUGGGUUACUCCUGACUGUGCUCAGAAAUUACUCCUGGCAGGCUCAGGAGACCUUAUGGAAUGCUGGGGACCGCAUCUGGCUUGGCUGCAAAUGCUCUACCCACUGUGCUAUCAGUCCGGGCCCAAUAUGUUCUCUUUUAUAUGGAAUCUGGCCGUAAGAAAUACUCUAAGCCAACCAGUUCCUGGUCUGUGACUCAGUCAAGUUGCUAACAUUCAAGUUGUGGCUUUGUAAUAUAUCUUUUUGCUUGAGAAAUCUUUAUGUGACAUCAGGCAUAUUGGUAAAUAAAAUAGAUACGAAGAUCA